AUGAACUCCAACAAAGCUGUGGUGAUCGGGUUCGGCCUGCUUCUGCUUGCUUUCCUUCAUGUCGCCAUGCUGCCUCCAUCCAUGGCUGCGGCCCCAUUGAUCCCCCGCUCCAACCAUGAGAUGGUAGCGGAAGGCAGCGCAUCCACCCAGAAGACAUCAUGUAAGUCGUAUGACUCAGGCUGCAAAUAUAAUUUCUGCUGUGCUUGUUCGAUCAUAGGCCAGCCUUGCGGAUCUUGCUGCGGGUCAUGGUGA